UGUUGUUUGUUAUUCAUCACCAAAUCCGUGGUACAAUUCCCAUUUCGUUUGCAUCCCUUGUGUUUCUUGCCCUUAUUAUAAAUUUUCCAUACCAAACAUGGUUUCCAUCGUAUCUCUUAUCGCUCCAUCGCUGCUGUGCCUUUUGCUUGCAAUAAAAUCAGGUGAAGCAAUCUGGUGCUAUCGGUGUAAUUCCGCCACACCCGGAUGCGGUGAGAAGUUUAACUGGCGCGGAAUCGGGUACCUUGGUGAUCCCUGCCCCGAGGAUGACGAUAUCUGCGUGAAGGUGAUCGAACGGAAAGGUACCAUCGAAACCUACACCCGAGAUUGUCUGAGUUCACUGCAAGGGUUCCGCACCGACAUACCGGCGGACAAGUACGAAGGAUGCCGAAUGGCCGCUAAGGAUCACAAUCUGGCACAUUACGUCAACACAUCCAUCAAGGAACUGGAUGUUAAGCGAGACCAUUUCGAUUCCACCACCUUCUGCUUCUGUUUUCUGGAUCAUCGAUGUAACGGCGCGUCGGCACUGGCUAAUGGGUCGCUUUGGAAGCUAAUUACUUGCUUAAUGGUGGCAAUGGCAUUCAUGCUGCGAAAGCUUUUUUAAUUAUCUUUCUUACGAAAACUUUGUGCCUUCUCAUCAGAAACAUAUCCUGCUUAUUUCUAAAAGGGGGAUGGAAAUAUUUCAUCCAUUUCGUAUAGCAUUCCAGCAUUGAUGAGGCGUGGAUUCCACUCUGGUUAGAGAAAAACUGCAUAGUUUUUUCAAAAUACUUACAUUCCGUCCAAACAGUUCGAAACUCAGUAAUUAUUUGCUUGUAAACACAAAAGCUAGUAAACACUCUCGAUAACGACUAUAUCAUGUAGGUGUUAGGCUAAAUGAUUUAUAAGAGAACAUUCCGUCCACAAUAUCUAAGUAAAUAUAUUGAUUCUGUACCAACGGUAGCCCGAGGAAACACCACGCCGCAGGUGUGGGAUCGAAUCUCGAGUCUUGGCACCCUCCGGUAUUACGAACGGCUGACCACCGAUCUAUAAAUAUACCGUCUUUCGGUCACAGAAACUCUGUUCGGAGAAAAGCCUUGUCCCACUAGGGGAUGUCGUGCCGCAUAAUAAUAAUAAUAACGUAUUGAUUCUUUUCCCAAAACGUGCAUAUACUUUUUU